GAUCCUCCUCCUCCUCCUCCUCCUCCUCCUCCUCCUCCUCCUUUUCCUCCUCUGUGGUUUCAUUCCGUGUCUCUCUCCAUCAGCAGCGGUCUGGAUGCUCGCAGGGACAGAAACAUGGCUGUGAAUCUCGCCAAGAACAGACUGGCCCUGCUGACCGCCUACCAGGACGUCAUUGACGAGACCUCGGACACCGACUGGGCCUUGUACACCUAUGAGGAUGAGAGUAAUGACCUGACACUGGCUGCAUCCGGAGGAGGAGGUCUGGCAGAGAUCACACUGACCUUCGACAACAGCAGUGUGAUGUACGGCUUCUGCAGUCUGAAGGAGCCCACUGCCGCUCUGCCACGAUACAUCCUCAUCAACUGGGUGGGAGAAGAUGUUCCAGAUGCCAGGAAGUGUGCUUGUGCCAGCCACGUUGCCACCAUUGCAGACUUCUUCCAGGGUGUGGAAGUUACCGUCAAUGCCAGCAGCUUGGAUGACAUAGAGCCGUCAGCCAUUGGUCAGCGGCUAACUAAUGGGACAGCAGUGGUGGCGAGCCCAGUUCUGAGCCGCCUGAAAACCCGAGAUGAAGAGCACGGAGAUGUGGGCACAGUGUACCAGAAGACUAAUGCAGAGGUGGAGAUGAAGAAAAUCAAUAGAGAGGAGUUUUGGGAACAAGCCAAGCGUGAAGAGGAGAUGAGGAAGGAGGAGGAGCGAAAGAAGGCAGCGGAGGAGCGGCAGCGCUUCGAGGAGGAGCGGAUGGAGCUGGAGAGGAAGGAGCAGGAGAACAGAGAGAGGAGGUACCGCGAGAGAGAGAGGCAGAUCGAGGAGCACAGGAAGAAGAUACAGGAGGAAGAGGAGGCCAGAGAGAGGCUGCGGAACCAGACCACCAUAGCGUCUGAACCGAGCAUCGAGGACCUGAACCUGGACAAGAAGGAGUCUGAGGUAGAGGAGGCAAAGGCCAUCAUUGCCCAGCGAUCUGGGAACCCUAGAGAAUUUUUCAAGCAGAAGGAGAGAGCAAUGACCAUCAGUGUGGACACCUCACCCGUCUCCAUCCACAGGACCGGCCGCUUGGACAGCCCGUUCUUGAAGCAGCAGCACAGUCACAGCAGCCCCAGUACAGCCACCCCGCCCCGGGGCGUGUCGCCCCUCCGCACCCCUCCACAUGCACGGAAGCAGCCCUCCGCUGCAGCCGAUGACAAUGAUGAUGAAGUGAGCAUAGACCGCAACAUGGUCGCCAUUUCACCCAUUCCUAAAAUAGUCACUACUCCAAUCAAAGAGGACUUUAACACUGAGGAGGAAGACCACAGAGAAGAUGAAUGGGAUUCAGUGCCAAAGGAGGAACAGAAACGGCCCGUCCAGGAGUCGACGUCCACAAAGCCUGUGCAGAGCGUCGCACCGCAGGCCCGUGAACCCGCCGGUGUUUCUGCAUGGGACUCCGGGACAGACAACCUGGUGGACCUGUGGGACAGCAGCUCCACCCCCACUGUCAACCCCACCCCCUCCAUCCAUUCAUCCAAUCUAGUUGACCUGAUGGGAGACGGUGACGUUCUCCAUGACAACGUCCCACCCAGCAUAGCCGCCGGUAGCGGCAGGCCUCAGCCCCUUCUCAGCUUUGAUGAGAUGAUGGAUGGGAGUUUCUGCUCAGGCACCGGCGCCGAAGACGACCCCACCAGUCUGGUGGAUGUGACGGGGUCCGACCAGAUGACCCUCAGCUACCAGCAUGCACUGCAGCACGCAUCUGGGGAGGGGCGGGAUUCGGAUGAUGGGCAGCUGCUGAUGACCAAUGGGGAGACGCUGCUGAAAGAAGGAACUCAGGCGAGUGAGGGCUAUUUCAGCCAAUCACAGGAGGAAGAAUUUGGCCAAUCAGAGGAGUCAUCAGCUAAGCCAGCGCCUGUGUUUUAUAACAAGCCUCCAGAGAUUGACAUCACGUGCUGGGACACGGAUCCUGUGGUUGACGAGGAUGACGACUAACUCACUGCUCUGACAUCACCGUGGCACCCGGAGGAAGUAGGAACCGGGCUUCAUGAAGAAACAGAUUUCUUUCUUUUCUAAAAAAGAGCAAACAAACAAAAAAAGUAAUAACUAAAGGUCUUGCAUUAAAACUCUUUCAGUAUAAUCUUUUAGAGGAAGCAGUAGCCACCAUUUGAGUUGAAACGGCUCAGAUCUGAUCUGUUUUCUGUGUUUAUUUAUUUUGAUAAAUUUUUUUUUUUUUUUUUGCGUUUCUAUGCAGAUGUUUUAGCCUGGAUUGAGGGGUUUUAUUUGUGUACAUGAUUAUUUCACGUAGCGCACUGCUGCAUUAGAGACAAUGAAGCAGAGUGUGCAGCCGGCGGCCCACACUCUUAGUUUGUAGUGCUUUAAUAACACCUAAAAAAAAUAAACAAAUCCAGUGGAUGAAAACAGCUGCCAUGUUUAUCUUCACUCUCUUCUUUUCUCCUUCCUUCAUACCUGAACAUAUUCACCUCUGCAGCUCAGUUAAUCAUGUAUUUAGACUUCACCUUCAUGGAGGAAAAGUUAUUUAUUCGGGUGUAUCUGAACUGAAAAUCCUUUGAACAAGUCUGUGGUGCCGUUUAUUUCAUCUUUUUCACUCCUUUUGUAUGGUUUUAAAACUGAGUUCAACAUUAAAAGGCUUUUUUUCUGUC